GUCCAUACUGCCACCAUGUCAGAAACCGGAAGGGUCGACCACCUGACAGGAGAGAGGAAGGUGAAACCUGACUGUGUGCAGGAAUACAACAAAAAGAUGGGAGCUGUUGAUAGGGUUUACAUGGUCAACAGCUUUGUGGAGUGUGCCCGCAAAACCACCAAGUGGUACAAGAAGAUAUUUUUCCAUCUUGUGGGCACUGCACUCUUCAACAGCCAUAUUGUACAUCGCCAUCUGACAGGUGAGGUUAUCACAUACCAAAAAUAUCGGGAGAACCUCAUGAGAGAGCUGCUGGAGGAGCAUCACAUCCCUCGCCGUCCACCCACAGGAGGCCGGCCUUCUGGUGACAACCCCCUGCGCCUCACUGCACAACAUUUCCCAGCUGAAAUGCCUCAGACAGAUGCCCAAGGCAGCCGAACCAGGAGGCACUGCAAAGUAUGUCUGUCCGAGACCAGGAGCAGGAAGCUGAGGAAGUUAACAAAGUACAUGUGUGUACCUUGUGACACACCCCUAUGUGUUACACCAUGCUUUGGGGAGUACCACACUCUCAAGCACUAUUGAGCAAUUAUAUUCCUUGUUCUGUUUUGUGUGGUCUUUUUUACUGCCGUGCAUGUUUUGUCUUCUAGUAAGUGUCUUAGUACCCAAAUAAAUUGUUAUUGUAAAAUGUAUUUAUAGUUAGUCUUUCGGGGGCAUAAGACUUUUUCACAGUACUGUAUUUCUAACUUUGUGCGUUAUUUAUAUUCCAGUUAGAGGAAUUGUAAAUAAAAAAAAAAAUUUCAGUGGAAUACUCUUAUGCAGUGUCGUCAAUACAGUUAACUCCUUUUCUUACUGUUUUUAAUUCCAAGAAAACUAUGCACAAGGCCACUGUAUUCAGACCGCCUCUUGAUCACAAUGAAAUUGGCUAUACAUACAUCGACAUGAAGAUCAUAACGUAAACCAACACAUUACUGUUUACAGUUUAUGCAAUUAUACAAUACUCACCAUUGUGUCGGAAAAAGAUCCAUAGUCACGAAUGCAUAGCCAGGUCCGGAAGGCGUUCAGCAAAUUCUCGUGUCCCAAAUAAUCUUAACGAUUUCAUAAAAGUUGACAGACCAUAAGGUUAACCUUAGCUAUACCCAACCUAGCUAACGUCAAUGCAUCGGCUAAGUACUUCACCUCUAACCUACCAACACCAACUGAAAAGUUUUAAAAAAAAUAUUUUCACUGCAUAUUGCACUGGGGUAGGCUAAAUGAAAUCCGCUACUGUGUUAAACGGGCUAAGCACUGUUUAACAUAAUAUUACAAUUUACACGAGUGCCAUGCUUUGCAGAUAAUGUGCUUUUAGCCACUACAGUAGUACAUUAGUUGAUGCAUUGAAAGAAAUACGCUGGCUAAUGGCUAGCUCAAGUAAAUUCUACACUGCAGAAGUUGUAUUGUCAAUGUAUUAUUUAGUUAGUGUUUUUAAAAUGAUUUACCUAUGUUAUUGCUGGUUGUCAUAUAGAAAUAUAAUUUUAAAUUGACUGGUCAAAAUAAAAAAAAGAACGAAAUAUAUAGCAAACAGCGUGGUUCUGGUAAACUGCAGCGAAUGGAGCUGCAGGUCAAUCCUGUGACGUCAUAAUCACAUUCUAGAACUCAGAGCUAACACUGAAAUCACACGCAAAAAAACUCACGCUGGGUUGCCUGGAAGAGAUAUUUGGAACUUACAAGUGAAAAGGCUAGAAAGAACACUUCAGUCGCAAGGAAAAGAAAAACCAUCAACGA